AUGUUCUUUACAGUGCCUUGGGUGAACGCUAGGAUGCCAGUGCUGCUGGCCAGCCUUCUGUUGCUGAUCUCCUUGCAAAUGCUGGGAAAAGGGGCUGUGUCCCACCUCAUGAUGGAUAUGGCUCUGCAUUCCUUUGAUGACCAGUAUCUGGGGUGCAGAGAGCAGGUGAUGGAAGAACUGGAGCGAGGAGACUAUUUCCAAAAAGAAAUAGCUGCUAACAAGGACUAUUUGAGUCUCUGGAAGAAGGCUCAGGAGGCUUUGUUAAAGAGCCCUGUGGGUCUCCUGAGGGAGAUGCAUGAGAGCCAUGCCGUAGUCCUCAUGGCUUACACCAUGAACUCUUCCCUGCACUCGCAGCUGAACUGGGCCACAUCCACAGCCGGCAGCUCUCCGGAGCACUACAGACACAACUUCAGCUUCAAAUAUUUUCACUUUUACCUAACGACUGCCAUCCAGAUAAUGAGGCAAUGGCAGAGCAGCAAGGAGAGCAUGGGGAAACGUAAGUGCUACCGGGUGCACAGGGGUGUAAAAGACUUAUAUAUCGAGGCCAUGGUGGGCAGCAGGGUGCGAUUUGGCCGUUUCACCUCUACCUCCCGCCUCUGGAACGAAGCCCAGAAGUUUGGGAACGAAACUUUGUUCACAGUGACCACUUGCCUGGGAGCAGCUGUGAAAGGCUUUUCUUACUACACAUCUGAGAAGGAAGUUCUCAUUCCCCCUUAUGAAAUAUUCCUGGUCAGAAGCUUCUUUCGGACACAGCACGGUAACCGGCUGCAUCUGCGUUCUGUGGGGAACUACAGCAAGUACCGCUGCCAGCUCGUGGAAGCUUCAAGAAGCAAGAACAGUGGUUCCACUGCCCUCGCCUCUGACGUUCUUCUUAUCGUAGUUGGAGUUUUCAUGUGCUUGGCCCACAACGACUGA